AAUUCCAGGCCCCUUAAAUUAGAAAAAGAACAAGUCUUUUCAUUGUCCCAUGUUUUCUCUCUCUAAAAAAAUUGUAAUCUUUUAAAAUUUUCCCUAGAAAAAAAAUCAAACCUUUAAUCUCUCUUUCUCUCUCAGCAAAUCUUGUAAUUAUUCCAUAAAUUUUCUUCGCUUCCGUACUGUUUUCUUCUUCUGCUCUCGCUUUGGCUGUUUCCAAUUUUCCAUUACCAUUAAAAAUUGGAAAUUUUGUACCCUUUAAACGAAUUUAAAAAAAAAACCACUCGUCUUCUCCGUAAAAACCGCCUUUUGUUUUCGUUUCUGGGGAAAAAAUGUUUUUGCGAGGGUGGUGUCGGCGAAAGUACGCCGAAGGUGCCUAGAGAAAGGCGGUCGCUUUUAAUUUAAUUUAAUUUUCCGGUGGUGGGUCGUUGUUGCUGCUAUUGAAUUAACCCUGGCCGUACACGCGGACAUGGGAGCGGAGACGAUAACGGGAAGGUGGGGUACGUGGGAGGAGCUUUUGUUAGGUGGGGCAGUUCUCCGGCACGGUACCCGAGAUUGGAAUCUCGUCGCCUCGGAGCUCCGAACCCGAGCCGUUUCUCCUUUCGCUUUCACUCCCGAGGUUUGUAAAGCUAAGUAUGAGGAUUUGCAACGACGAUACUCAGGUUGCAAAACUUGGUUUGAGGAGUUACGUAAACAACGAAUGGCAGAGCUGAGGCAAGCUUUAGAACAAUCCGAUGAUUCAAUUGGGUCGCUGGAAUCAAAGCUCGAAAAUUUAAAGGCUGAGAAAAUAGAUGAUUCACGGGUUGAUUACGAUUCCAGUCAGACAGAAUCAGCCCUACCAUGUCUUAAAAACGAGGGAGUUGAAUUUUCCAGUAAGGAUACAUAUAAGGAUGGCCUCUCUGCUGGUAGUUUCACACAGGACGCUGAGACAAACUGGGCACCUGAUUGUCAGAUUCGAGCUGCAGUGCCUGCUGAGGAGAUGGAUUUGAAGCCAGGAGAUUCAUUGACCUCCAAGAGGGAGAAAGUUUUAAGCAUUGACAAGUUGACAGACGCUUUCUGUGGAGGACAGUUGCAGAGUAUAAGAAAGAGGAGGGGGAAGAGAAAGAGAAAAGACUGCAGUAAGGAUGCCAAAGAAGGGAGCGUUGGAGAAAGUGAGUCUCUAGGCCCAGCUGAUGUUGCAAGUGCCUCAUGGUACAAAGAAACUUCGGCUAGCAACUCUGCUCAGUUUGCCAGAUCUUCAGGUGUUGAGGAUCAUAGAAAAUGUUCAAGUAAGGAAGGGAUUGAUGAUAUAAUGGGAAUAUUUAGUUCUGUAGCUGAGAAUGAUUGUGCUUCUGUCUUUCGAAGAAGGCUUGAUAGCCAGAAAAGAGGAAGAUACAAGAAAAUGAUUCUGCGGCACAUGGAUUUUGACACCAUAAGAUCAAGAAUAGCCUCUAAUUCCAUCAUGUCUGUUAGAGAACUCUUUCGUGAUAUGUUAUUAGUCGCCAACAAUGCCUUGGUUUUUUAUUCCAAGAACACGCGUGAAUAUAAAUCUGCACUACUUCUGAGACAUAUUGUCACUGCAACUUUGCGACAACAUUUUAAGGAGUAUGAAGGUAAGGUUCCUAUCACCACCUUUACCUCUAGCAGACCUAUGCAUAAACCUCCUGCAAAGCCCCGAAGCAUUCGCCCUUGUAAUCGCAAACUGCCAGGAAACACAGCCAACAAUAUGAAUCCAGUGGUUGAGAAUUCUCAUGGAAGUAAAAAGACACCUAAUGCAGAUUCUCCUCCAUCAGUGGAGUCCUUAGCGGAGACAAAGAAGGGUUCAGCUCGGCCAAGAAAAGUGGGCCGUGGAUGCACUAGUCAAAAGUCCGACAGUCCAACCAAAGGAAGAAAGAGAACUCGAGUCCGGUGAUCAUGUUGUAUAGUGUACAUUCAUCCUUGUAAAAACCGGUUGUAACUCAAUGUCCUAAAUGUAGGUUUCUAUAGUCAUCUGGUGUAUAUGUUUUCCCCCUUUAGAUAGACAGCUGCAGAACUGCACUGUAACUUGUAACACUAAAACAUUAAACAGUGAAAGAAGAAAAUUAAAAAAAAAAAAUGAAACCUUUU